AUGCAACGAACUCAAAGCUCGAACAAAGGAGAAAUAGUGGACAGACCUCAAGGUAGAGGAGAAAUAGUGGACAGUGGCACUCUCCGACAUACCCGGCUGGGCCAAGAAUCAGAAACAUGGACAGUGGCACUCUCCGACAUACCCGGCUUUCCAGACCUCAAGGUUCAACGAACUCAAAGCUCGAACAACAGAGAAACAGUGGACAGUGGCACUCUCCGACAUAGCCGACUAGCCAAGAAUCGAAACAGUGGACAGUGGCACUCUCCCGACAUACAGGAGAAAUAUCCACACAAUGAAGGCCUUAAUCAGGAGAGAAUUCAUGUCAAGGACAACAAUGAAGGCUCAAGGACAACAAUGGAGAGAAUUCAGAGAAUUCAAGACCUCAAGACUACGUAUCGGACAGUCCACACAAUGAAGGCCUUAAUCAGGAGAGAAUUCAUGUCAAGGACAACAAUGAAGGCCUUAAUCAGAAAAGAAUUCCCGACCUCAAUGUGCAACGAAAUUAAAGCUCGAAUUCCAGACCUCAAGGUUCAACGAACUCAAAGCUCGAACAACAGAGAAACAGUGGACAGUGGCACUCUCCGACAUAGCCGACUAGCCAAGAAUCAGAAACAGUGGACAGUGGCACUCUCCGACAUAGCCGACUGGCCAAAAAUCGAAGCCUUUGCUGAGUUUAGAUUACAAACCCGACCCGAUUGCUUGGCAAAACACCUUCACAGAUUGGGAGUAUACACUCAACCCACAUGCCCUCUAUGUAACCUACAUGAGGAAAUGGAGAAGACCCACCUGAUUCGAUGUCCAGCCCUAAAGACAAGGACGGAAAGCCAGAGAUACUGGGAAACAAGUAGACGGCUAAUGAACUGCUAUUAA